AUGGAAGGCACUCACUCCACCCUUCAAUUGCACAAACCCAUUACUGAACUCUGCUACAUCAGCUUCUAUCUUCCAAAGGGGAAAGUCAGAGGAUUUUCAUAUAAGGGCACUGUAACUCUAGACAAAUCCAAUAAAGGGUUUCAUAACUGCUAUCAAGUCAGGGAGGGGUCAGAUACCAUCAGCCUCAUGCAGCAGCCAUAUGAGAAUCCAGGGGACAUUUUUUUCAAACAAACCACUACAAAAGACAUCCUCAUUGAGCUCUACAAGCUCACUGCGGAAAAGGAGCGGCUACUGGCCAAUCUGCUGAGCUCACACCAUAUCCUGGGGAUUAAGAUGGGGAACCAGGAGGGGAAGCUUCCUGAGCUGUCUGGGGGCCUGGAAUUUGAGGAUGACUAUUUCCAGAGUUCUGGGGGCUUGCAGGGGGAGCCACCGGCAGGCUCUUUGGACAAGAGGACAACUCUGAAGAACAAAAAAAACAAGAGGUUUGGCAAGCAAAGGGAAAGCUUUGAGGAGCUCCUGCAGAAGAGACUAAGAAGGAAAGAGCAAGGGGGUCAAGAAUCAACUUCUGGGUCAGGGAGGGACAGGGUUACUUCAGGCAGCUGCCCUUCUCACUCCUGGGCAAGGCCUAAUCGGCAUCUGGAGGACAGAGGGAACUUGCCCCUGAAUAGGAAUUUUUCCUCCCCACAGCACAGGAGGGAAAGCUAUUCUCCAGAAAUCCCCAGGACACUAGAGUUAGAACCAGACCUUCAGGCCUCUGUGUCUGGCUAUGAGAAUGCUACAUCGGGAGGGGAGAUGCUGCCUGCGGGCUGUAGUUCCGUGGGGGAUUCCCCAAGGUCUGCUGUUCACUGCAUUCAGGUGCUGCAUGGCAGGCCCCGUAGGGCAGAAAAUCAGCAAGUUGUUUUAUUGGAGAGGGGGGAGAACGCUGAGAAGGGCCUAGAAGCAGAGAGGUGGGGGGAGAAGCCGACCAAGAAGACUCGAAGGAAGAGACCGGUCACCAGAGUGGUGACCAAAGUCCGGGAUCUGUCCUCUCAGGUGCAGAGAGUUGUAAAAACCCUCCCUGAUUCUGAGGAAAGGAACACUUCUCUCCAUGGCCAAGACAUGGGGGAGGGGACUCCCCUUCCCUCUGCCAUCCAGUCCGAGUGUUUUCCCAAAGCAGAUCUGCUCACACUCCCUGGAGAGGAGGUCCCAGCUCAGCCAGCCACAAGGAAGGGGAAGAGGCCACAAGGGGACAGGGCCCGGCCACUGGCCAGAGAGCAAGCUCCCCUUCCCAAUGAAUCUUCCAGCCUGGUGGGAGCCGUGAACAAAGCCCUCCUGAAGGUUAUGCAGAGUGAGAGUCUAGAUGAAGUCAAUGAGUGGAAACGGCUGGGUUUCCCUGACACCAGAAAAACUGUUUAUCCGCUCCCAGAGGCCAGGAUCGGGAGGAAAGUGGGCCUGUCCCUAAGUAGCCACCAAGCCUUGUCUUCGAAUGGGUCCCACAGAGUGGACCCUGGCUCUCCCUUGCUGAGGGCAAAAGAGAAGAGGCCUUCCCCACCAUCGCCAACACCUGUCACCACUCUGUUUAAUAAUUCAUCCCCACCAUCCACCACGCCUAGACAAAUGUCACCUGUUCCAUCUCUUUUAUCUUCAAGGCUUCCCAGCCCCCAGCUGCAUCACCGUAUCCUCCGGCUCCCUCCCCAGCCAAGUGAGAGGGAAGCUGCGCUCUGUGACAGCCCCAGCAGGAAGCCACGCACCAACUCCGGCCUCCCCUUGGCUGACCCUUCUGUGCCACAGCCUUCUACCAGGGUUACAGAGACCGAAGGAGCCGGGCUGGCCUCCCUCCGAGCUGGCCUGCCUUGCUUUACGCCCGGGGAGCGUUUGGAAAAGGGGCCAGGCCAAGGGAAGGCUGCUGCUUUGCCCCAGCACCAGCUGCCUCCAGGCAUCUCCCUAGAAGGCUUCAUCAAGGAUGGCUUCACUGAACAGUCAUCAUAUAAAGAGAGCUCCAGUAGGGAUGGAGAUGUAUGGGUCUUGGGCUACAGAUCAGGACCAUCCUAUCCCUUCCUGGUCCAUGAGGAGAAAGAGAAGCCCAGCAGGAGUGAGCUGCAUUUGGACCUUCAUGCUGACCAGAGUCCCACUGAGCAGGAUGAUAGAACUCCUGGACGACUCCAGGCUGUGUGGCCACCUCCAAAGACAAAAGACGAAGAAGAAAAAGUGGGAUUGAAGUACACUGAAGCAGAGUACCAAGCUGCAAUUUUACACUUGAAGAGGGAACACAAAGAAGAAAUUGAAAACCUUCAGGCCCAGUUUGAACUGAGGGUCUUCCACAUUAGGGGAGAGCACGCAGUAAUAACGGCCAGACUAGAAGAAACCAUUGAAAAUCUCAAGUGUGAGUUAGAGCACAGGUUGAGUGGAGGAUGUGAAAAGACGAGAGAUGCCUGCAUCUCGACAGAAGAUGAUUAUCCACCAAAGACUUUCCGAAAUGUCUACAUACAAACUGACAGAGAGACAUUUUUAAAACCCAGUGAAGAUGAAAGCAAAACCAUUAAAAGUAGCCAAAUAGUACCCAAAAAACUGAAUAUCUCCUCUCUAAACCACUUAUCUCCCCCAAAUGACAACAAAGAUAUCUCUUCAACCCUCCAAUCUUUAGAAAGUUGCUCAUCUGGUCAACAAAAAUCAUCUUCCCCUCCUGCUCCUCCACUGCCAACAGUGAUUCCUCCGCCUCCUCCCCUUCCACCAGGACUUGAGCCUCCACCAUUAUCUUCACAAUCAAGUGCUGGGUCACCACCCCCUCCUCCUCCUCCACCCCCACCACCUCCUCCUCCACCACCUCCUCCUCCCUUACCUCUAAGUUCUGGGAGUACCCUUCCUCCUCCCCCCCCACCCCUUCCUAUCCCACCACCUUUCCCCAGCACUGGGCAACCACCUCCACCUCCUCCUCCUCCUCCAGCUCCUCCAGGAACUGGACUACCACCUCCUCCUCCUCCCUUCUUUGGAGGCAACACAUCCUUCAGCCAGAUUCCUCGAAAGCCUGCCAUUGAACCCAGCUGCCCCAUGAAGCCUCUGUAUUGGACAAGGAUACAAAUAAGUGGUGGAAGCCAAAGUACUACACCAACCCUAUGGGAUUCCUUAGAAGAACCAGAUAUACAAGACCCAAGUGAAUUUGAGUAUUUAUUCGCCAAAGACACCAUUCAACAAAAGAAAAAGCCUUUGUCAGAAUCCUAUGAGAAGAAAACCAAGGUCAAAAAGAUCAUCAAACUGCUGGAUGGAAAAAGAUCUCAGACUGUGGGAAUUUUGAUAUCUAGCUUGCAUUUAGAAAUGAAAGAUAUCCAACAGGCAAUUUUCAAUGUGGAUGAUUCUGUGGUAGACUUGGAAACACUGGAGGCCCUGUAUGAAAAUAGAGCCCAGAAGGAUGAGCUGAUAAAAAUAAGAAAACAUUAUGAAACCUCCAAAGAAGAGGAACUUAAACUUCUGGACAAACCUGAGCAAUUCUUAUAUGAAUUAGCCCAGAUUCCAAAUUUUGCUGAACGUGCCCAGUGCAUAAUCUUCAGAUCUGUCUUUUCUGAAGGCAUUACCUCUGUUCAUCGAAAGGUGGAGAUCAUUACCCGGGCUUCAAAGGGCUUGCUAGACAUGAAGAGCGUAAAGGAUAUUUUAGCCUUGAUUCUGGCUUUUGGGAACUAUAUGAAUGGAGGAAAUAGGACUCGGGGUCAGGCAGAUGGAUACAGCUUGGAAAUUCUGCCCAAACUCAAGGAUGUCAAAAGUCGGGAUAAUGGGAUUAAUCUGGUAGACUACGUUGUGAAAUAUUAUCUGCGCCAUUAUGACUCGGAGGCAGGAACAGAAAAGAGUAUCUUUCCUCUCCCUGAGCCACAGGAUUUCUUUCUGGCUGCCCAAGUCAAGUUUGAAGACCUCAUUAAAGACUUGAGAAAGCUGAAGAGGCAACUGGAAGCGAGUGAGAAGCAGAUGGUGGUUGUGUGCAAGGAGUCCCCAAAGGAGCAUCUCCAGCCUUUUAAGGACAAGCUAGAGGUGUUCUUCCAGAAAGCAAAAGGAGAGCAUAAAAUGGAAGAAACCCACUUGGAGAAUGCUCAGAAAAGUUUUGAAACAACAGUAGGAUAUUUUGGGAUGAAGCCAAAGUCCGGUGAGAAGGAGAUCACACCCAACUAUGUGUUUAUGGUGUGGUAUGAAUUCUGUAGUGACUUCAAGACCAUUUGGAAGCGAGAGAGUAAAAAUAUUUCUAAAGAAAGGCUAAAAAUGGCCCAAGAAACAGUCAACAAGUUAACAGCAGAAAAGAAGGUGGAAACAAAGAAAAUCAAUCCCACUGCCAGUCUGAAAGAAAGACUGCGUCAGAAGGAAGCCAGUGUGACCACCAACUGA